CGCCCCGCGGGGUCCCAGCUGCCAGCGCGGCGCCCACCCCGAGCCAGAGCCGGCAGGUCCCGGCCAAGGUGACGGUCCCAGCAGGAUGAGCGGCCCCAGAGAGACCCCAAUGGGUCUGUGCAUCCCGCAGGGCCGGCCCCAGCUGUCCCCGGCACUCAGCGCCCCGUGCCCGAGGCACAGCCCCCGGGCGCUGCCCUGUGCCCGCGUCCCCCAGGGCUGCAGCGCAGGCUGUGCCCAGGACGGGACACACAGUGUCACACACACCCUGAGAGCUCGGCAGGGCUGUCUCUGUGCCCAGGAGGGGACACACAGUGUCACACACACCCUGAGAGCUCGGCAGGGCUGUCUCUGUGCCCAGGAGGGGACACACAGUGUCACACACACCCUGAGAGCUCGGCAGGGCUGUCUCUGUGCCCAGGAGGGGACACACAGUGUCACACACACCCUGAGAGCUCGGCAGGGCUGUCUCUGUGCCCAGGAGGGGACACACAGUGUCACACACACCCUGAGAGCUCGGCAGGGCUGUCUCUGUGCCCAGGAGGGGACACACAGUGUCACACACACCCUGAGAGCUCGGCAGGGCUGUCUCUGUGCCCAGGAGGGGACACACAGUGUCACACACACCCUGAGAGCUCGGCAGGGCUGUCUCUGUGCCCAGGAGGGGACACACAGUGUCACACACACCCUGAGAGCUCGGCAGGGCUGUCUCUGUGCCCAGGAGGGGACACACAGUGUCACACACACCCUGAGAGCUCGGCAGGGCUGUCUCUGUGCCCAGGAGGGGACACACAGUGUCACACACACCCUGAGAGCUCGGCAGGGCUGUCUCUGUGCCCAGGAGGGGACACACAGUGUCACACACACCCUGAGAGCUCGGCAGGGCUGUCUCUGUGCCCCACCAAUCCCAGGGGCUGCAGGGGAGGCUCGGGGUGCCCCCCCAGCCCGGGAUGCACAGGCUCCCCCUCCCCAGGGUCCUGCUGGAGAGGAGCCUGUGGGUGCAGCAGCUUUUCCACCUGCACUCGGACACAUCUCCUGCGAGGGGCUCCAGGCCCCAGCCCCGCCCCAGGAGCGAUGGCAUCGCUGGAUCAGCACCCCCUCUGCAGCUCCUGCCCCCAUGUCCAGCUCUGCAGCACUGCCCCAGCUCUGCCUUUCUUCAUCCAAGGUGAAGCAGCAGCCUGGAUUUGAUGGGCCACAGCAAAAGGCACCAAACUGGGGCAUACUGGGAGCUGGCACUAAGGCUGAGCUUAGGGUGGGCUUGCCCAGCCUUUCUGGUGGUAGCACGAAAAGGCACCAAAAAAAAUGGGAAAGAAAUCAGCAUUACUGCAGUGGGAGACAGAAUUAAGGGAAAAUAAAAUACCUUAAACACAGCAACUGCAAAAAAAACCCAAAACAAUAAAAGGUCCUGCCUAAGCUUCCAGGAGUGAUCUGGGAAAAGCUCUUGUGCUCCAGCUCCAAAGGCUUGGACAGCUCUGGGGGUGUCUGGAGCCUCCUGCCCACAGUGAUGAACUCCAGCCAGGUCCCCCUCCUGCCCCUGCCCCUUUCCCUGGCCCUCAGACCACCCCAGCACACUCUGUGGUGCCUGUGCCACGCCCUUGCUGGGAUUCCCAAGAAACCAGGCUCCAGAGCCAGCAGCAGCAUUCCCUGCUGGAAAUUCCCUGCAGUGGUUCCUGAGGGAUGUUUCUGACUGCCUGUCCCUGCAGUGCCAUGGGCUUUGUGUCCAUGUCCAUGUCUCUGCCCUGAUUACUAAUCUGGAAUCAUUAAACUGCCAUUUCAAGCUGUAUUUUGUACUCAGCAUCUCAUGCCCAAGACUCCCUCAGCUCAAAGUACCCAAUAAAUCUUCAGUGGAAGAUUCCUCUGGAGCUGAACAGCCUGGCCUGGAGGGAAAAUGGAGCUGGUAAAGCACACUUGGAGACCUGGAGCUGCACAGCUCUGGAACCACCCCAGGUGCUUCCAGCUGCCACAGCUGUGCUGGCAGGGACAGUGACACUGAGCAGGGACACUGCUGUCCCUACCCACACUGUCCCCUCCCUGCUCUACCCCUGGCCAUCUCCCAGGCCCUCGUUUGCUUUCCUGUCAGCCACAACCACACCACUGCACAUCAGCAAGUCAGGAGCCACAAAAUGCUGAAGGAAAACACAACCAAAGGGCAAACCUUCCAAGUGAACUCCAUCCAUGAAGACACACUUCCUCUGCAUCCCUGCUGUGACCAGUACAAUCAGAAACAUGCAGUUACUUGAAGUAUUAAACAGAUGAAGAAAGCAAGCAGCACUCAGGCUUAUGUUUGCAACAGGUCACAGCAGCAGAGAGGUUUAUUCCAAGUCAGGAGAAAGAACAAUUGCAGCCUCAGGCUUUGAUCAGGGCCCAUUAGUGUGUGGCACUACAACUACCUCGUGCAGUUACUGAGCCCCCAGAUCUGCCCCAAGCCCCAGGUUACACCACAUGCAGCCAACCAGUGCAAAUGAAUUC